CAGAAGUCAUGUCCAAAGUGUGGGCAGCUCUCACAUGUCAGAAGGUCAGUGUGACUCUGAUGCAAGAAAAAAGUUCAAGAAGGAAACUUUGGAUAAUAAACACAAACAAUCCCCAAAAGAAAAGAGAGUUUCCUCUAUAAAGUUUAGUGAAAAAACAAGAAUUUCACAUGUGAGAUCUGAGUUUGAAGGAUCUUAUGUCUGUGAGGAAUGUGGUAAAUGUUUUGGUUGUUGCUCUAAAUUAAUAAUUCACAUUAGAAGUCACACAGGAGAGAAGCCUUUUUCUUGUAAAGAAUGUGAUAAAAGUUUUAGUGAUAAAUGUACUCUCAAAAUACACAUGAGAACUCACACAGGGGAAAGGCCAUUUUCUUGUAAAGAAUGUGAUAAAAGCUUUAGUAUUCUAUCUACUCUAAAAAAACACAUGAGAACUCACACAGGAGAAAAACCUUUUACUUGUAAAGAAUGUGAUAAAAGCUUUAGUGAGAAAUGUACUCUCAAAAUACACAUGAGAACUCACACAGGGGAGAGGCCCUUUUCUUGUAAAGAAUGUGAUAAAAGUUUUAGCAUUCUAUCUUCUCUAAAAGAACACAUAAGAACUCACACAGGAGAUAAACCUUUUACCUGCAAAGAAUGUGAUAAAAGAUUUAGAUGCCAAACUCAUCUCAAAACACACAUGAGAACUCAUACAGGAGAGAAGCCCUUUUUGUGCAAAGAAUGUGAUAAACGUUUUAGUGAUGUAUCCAGUCUCAAAAGACAUUUGAGAACUCAUUCAGGAGAGAAGCCUUUUUUGUGCGAGGAAUGUGAUAUAAGUUUUAGUGAUGCAUCUGCUCUCAAAUCACACUUGCGAACUCAUACAGGAGAAAAGCCUUUUUUGUGUAAUGAAUGUGCAAAACAUUUUAGUCGUCUUAGUCAUCUCAAAUUACACAUGAGAACUCAUACAGGAGAGAAGCCUUUUUUGUGCAAGGAAUGUGAUAAAAGUUUUGGUCGUCUUAGUAAUCUGAAAUCACACAUGAGAACUCAUACUAGCCUUUUUCUAGAGCAAUCUUGUAAUGAAGGAAAAUCCUCCACUUGAUUUUAUUUAAGAGGUAAAAAAUAAAGUUUUCUGUCUCAAAGAUUAAAAAUUUAAAAAGUGAAGAAAAAAGAAGCGUUUAAAACUCAAAAGGACCCACAAUAAUCUGCUAAAUAACUCCAAACAUUUGGCAAGACCUUAUUAAUAAGGGGCGCCGCUCAGUGGACGCUUCUGCAGUGAACCUUGAACUGUCUUGUUCUUGGUUGUACUGAAAAACAAUGAAUUUCCCCCCAGGGGAUUAAUAAAGUAUCUUGAUUGAUUGAUUGAGCCUUUAAAUCAGGGUUCACCAUCACGGCGCCCGUGGGUGCCAGGUCGCCCUCAAGCACCACAUAAGUCACCCACAGGUCUUUUCUAAAAAUAGCACAACUCACAUGAGCUGCUCGGAAAAUUAAAUUUUAUUGUGAUGCAUUUUUUUUAAAUCACACUUCCCUUUACAAAGAAUUUAAAAUUAAAACAUCUUAGAAAUAUAUGUUCAUUAUUCCUGAAGCCAAAACCGGCCUAUCCCACUUUAUUAUUUUUUUUUUUAUCGUUUUCUCGUUAUAACGACAUAAUCGAUAACAAAGAAUGAAGCGUCCCCUUCUCCCUUUCCCGCAUGGAGACACCGAGACAUUACCUGUUUUAAGGUUUUUUAUUUUGUGGUUAACAACAAAAACAAUAGACGAAAAUACUCCACAUUAGUUGUUUUUGGUCAAUUCUUUUACUUAUUAGUGGAGCUGCGCUCCUCCAUCGCCUAAGUGAACCCGCCCCUCCCUUUAUUUUCCCCAAACCCCAGCUGCCUCCCCAUUAACUCUGAAAUUUCGUGAAUUGGAUUUUUGAUAAUUAGUUAUCUUUAAUGGAAACACGAUCAUUACCUCAAAAUGUGACAAGAUUU